AUGUCUGUGGAAGAGCUUGCACCCUCCACGGUCUCCUACAACAUGGACAUCUGCAGGGACUGGAUGAUGAAAAACAAAGAGGAAAUCAUCAAAUUAGAGAAAACCGUGGAGCGGAUUUCAGAUGGAAGCUCUGCAGAGGAAUCGGAGGAGGAACCCGAGCCCCCACCGGUAGCCGCGCGAAGAAAGGUGUCGUUUGCGGAUGCCUUUGGUCUAGACCUGGUUUCUGUGAAGGAAUACGAUAACCGGGAUGUAUCAAGGCCGGAGGUGGACGGUAUAGAGGGUGAUGAAUACUACAUCUCAUGCCUCUUCACCCUCCCAGUCUUAAACGGGGACAUGGAAGUGAGACUUCAGAAGCAGAAGCUGGAGCUGGAGCGCAUCGAGCUUCUCCCUGGAUCCACCACGAUCCGGGGCAUCGUCCGCGUUCUUAACCUCUGCUUCCACAAGGCCGUCUACAUCCGAGUCACGCUGGACGGCUGGCAGAGCCACUCCGAGCUGCUGGCCGAGUACGUGCCCGGGUCUAGCAAUGGAGAGACGGACUGCUUCUCUUUCCUGCUCGUGUUGACGCCUCCGUUCCAGGUCGAAGGGGUUCGGGUGGAGUUCUGUCUGCGCUACGAGAGCGACGUCGGAACUUUCUGGGACAACAAUGGAGGGACGAACUACAUCGUCUUCUGCCACCAAAGACGAAGGAGUGAUCAGAGAGAAAAAGAGAAAGAAAGUGAAAGGGAGAAGUUAGUCGAGGAGAGUAACCAGAAAAGCAUCAGGAGCUGCCUUAAAGCAAUCAGUAAAAAGAUCUACAUAGAGACGACACCCGCAGAGGCGAGCGGGGGGAUCUCAGAGCAAGACAGACCGAAAACGGAGGAGGAAGCAGGAAUCACUCCCUACAAAUCCAUUAAGGACUGCUGCAAAACCCUGGCGGAUCGUCGCAGGAAACGUCAAGCUGCUCGUUUGGCACACGUGCAAGACUACUUCGCUCAGAAAGCAAUAGAAACCCAGAAUAGAUGUAAUUCCAACACAAAUGAAAGAAGGCUUGGUAUGCCCAGUAGAACUGACCUGCCGGUUCUCCACAGCCGACAAGGACACGGUAUGGACACGCCACCUAUACUAACGUACCACCAGAUCCCUUUACUUUCUCUGGAUUGGGGCAGCACAACAACGACAACAACCACCCCUCCCGAUGCCUACAGUCAAACAAGCUGGCAAGUUGAAGAUCACCUCGCAAAAUCCACUUUUCUUAACAGCACUGACACAACACACACUCAUAUACAGGAACAAACAUGUGCUCCAGAGACACUUUGCCAAUCAGAAGAUGUAGAUUCAAGGGAUAAAGUCGUAAUUUCAUUGGAGGACAAGGGAUCUGAGAAAGGCAACAACCAUGGAUCUGGUGACAUGACAGCAAUGGAAAUUGUAAGAUGUGAUCCGACAGAGCAAUCAGAAGGUCCUUCUGGAGAUCAGGUUUUGGGUUACCAGCCAAGGCUCAUUAGAGUAGCAUGUUCUGCUCUGGGAUCGGAGCCAGAGAGGGCGGGAAGAGAGUUUGAGGCAUCUCGUGACCGCCAAACCUCACAUCACGAGCACACAAGGGGAUCUUUGAGUCAGGACACGACCAAGGCCAGCUCGGGGGACGAAACUCGAACCGCACACGACACCGACACUCAGAAUUCAGAAGCCGGAGAUGGAAUCUCACCUGAAGAAUUCACAGGCAGCUUCGACACCUCAAAGGUUAAAGAAAACACACACAGAGCGGUCAAAGACACCCUGACAUUUACGCCUAUCGGGGACGUGUCGCUCACAAAUAGACAGGCCGAGAGAUCUUCUUCAGAAAGGGAAGAUAUAAAUAAAGAUGAUAGCGAAGAGCAGGUGGAAAUCAGAGAGUUUUAUAGAGGAGUACAUGAAGAGGAGACGGAAAGCAGCGCAAAAGGACGAGAUGAAACAACCACGGAUCACAGCGCAGAAAUACAGAGCGUUAAUGAGAGCGAUUUAUGCAUGUCGAACGAGAAUCUAGAGCUACUGAAAAUCGAAGAGCGAAGGUUUGAGGCAAACGAAGGACUUGAGACGACUGCUGAAGAAGGGGAAAGCGCUGGGAAACGUUCAGAAAGCAAACGAGAGCUUGUGGAGGAGAAAGAGUUUGAGUUACUCGAGGCGAACUAUCCAGCAGUUAGCACUGACCCGUCCAAACACCUCCUUCACACAACAUCGGCAAAGAAAGGUGAGGUUACUUCUCCAGAUGAGGACUUUGAGCUUGGAAAGACUCUCAGAAACUUUCAAGAACCCCAGCGACCCAAACGAGAGGGUGAACACCGCACGCCGUUACCCAGCAUGCACCUGUCCUGGGUGGACGGCAGCAGUGGGAUGUUGUCAUGGUGGAGGGAGUUCUGCUCCAUAGGUCACAUGACCAAGGCUCUUGUGUAUGCUAUUCUGUUUGUGAUCUUCAUAACGGCGUAUCUGUACGACCUGCCGACCUGGCUUGGACUGUCGGUUUUCUCUGUGCUGGUUGUGCAGCCAGGGCAUGAAACAGCGUCUGGAUGGGGCUGUUGAUCAGGCAAGGAAUUUCUUGUCAAAUGAUGUGUGUUUCUUAAACGAGAAGUGACGUGAAGUGAUGCUACGGGCCAAGCUUUGUUUUUCAUAUCCUUAAAAAGUCCUUAAAAGAAGGAGUAGUUCACUUAAAAAAAAAAAAAAAAA